AUGGGAGUGCAGAAACUGGCAGUGGCUUGCAGGGUGCUGGCUUUGUGCCUAGCCACCAUUGAGGCCACCAACCCUGGCUUCGUGGUGAGGAUCACCCAGGCUGGCUUGGACUAUGCCCAUCAGCACGGGAUCAAGGUCCUGGAGAAGGAGCUGGGCCAGCUGAAGCUGCAGGACAUCUCGGGAGACUUUCGUAUCCUACGUGUGGGGAAGGUUCGCUAUGAGAUCUCCAGGCUGCACCUCCGCAGCUUCCAGCUGCCACACUCCUACAUCUCCCUGGUGCCCAACGUGGGGCUGCAGGUCUCCAUCUCCAAUGCCUUUGCUGAGCUGGAUGGGAACUGGAGAGUGAAGGUCUACUUCAUCCAGGACCAUGGCUCCUUUGACCUGAAGGUGGAGAAUGUCUACAUCAAAAUCGACCUGCAGCUGGGCAGUGACACCCUGGGGAAGCCUACCACAGACACCUCUGCCUGCAGCACUCGCAUCUCCAAAGUCCGCGUCCACUUCUCGGGCAAGCUUGGGUGGCUUUACAACCUCUUCCAUGGUGCUGUGGAGUCCAGGCUCCGGAAGCUCUUGGAGACACAGGUGUGUGAGAUCGUGGCCAAGGCUGUGCGCAGGGAGCUCCAGCCUUACCUCCGCACCCUGCCAGUCACAGCCAAGAUAGAUGCCAAGACUGGGAUCGAUUACUCCUUGGUGGCACCACCAACGGCUACUGCCCGGUCCCUGGAUGUGGACCUGAAGGGUGAAUUCUUCUCCCUGGCCCACCGCUCUGCUGUCCCCUUCUCUCCACUGCCACUGGCCUUGCCCCCAGACCACAACCACAUGGUUUACUUUGGAGCCUCCAGCUACUUCUUCAACACCGCUGCCUUCGCCUACCACGCAGCCGGGGCGCUGGUCUUCAACGUCACGGAGGCUGUGAUCCCAAAGGGAGUCCACCUGAACACCACCACCUUCUCAGCCUUCAUUCCCCAGCUGGAGGGGAUGUACCCCAACACACCCAUGACAUUCAGGCUGUCAGCCCCCUCUGCCCCCUUCCUGAGCAUCGGGCCACAGGGGCUCUCCCUCCAGCCCGUGGUGGACGUCCAGGCUUAUGCCGUCCUGCCCUGCUCCGAAUCAGUUCCUCUCUUCCUCCUCAGCCUGACAGGGAACGUGUCAGCUGUCAUCGACGUGAGAUCUGGCCACAUAGUUGGGAGCCUGGACGUGGGCAGGAUAAAGUUCACCCUGAAGCAAUCAAAUGUUGGCUCUUUCAAGGUGCGGCAGCUGCAGUCCCUAGUGAACACCAUUGCUUCCGCCAUCGUCAUCCCGCGUCUUAACGAGAGGUUAAAUGAGGGAUUCCCUCUGCCGCUGCCGGAAAGGAUACAGCUCUCCAAGAUCCUUGUCAGGUUUCACCAGAAUUUUCUGAUGCUGGGAGCAGACGUCCGCUACCAGCCCCGGGGAUGA